AUGGGCCCAGCUACCGCGAAGGCAGCACCACCAGGCUCGGGCAUUCCGCCCAAGCCCCAGUCGAUCCCUCCCAACCAGACACUCUACGUGCGCGGCAUCCCGUCGGCCAAGAUCCAGAAGGAGGACCUGAGGACAGCACUCUACCUGCUCUUCUCAACUUACGGGCCAGUCCUCGAUGUCGUCGCGCUCAAGACCCAGAGCAUGAGAGGCCAGGCGCAUAUUGUCUACCGUGACAUACAAACCGCGACACAGGCUAUGAGGGCAUUGGAUGGAUUCAAUUUCCUGGGAUACGAGAUGAAAGUAGCGUACGCCAAGUCCAAGUCAAAUGUCGUUGCGAAACUCGACGGGACCUUCAAAAUCCCAACAUCCGCCAACCAACAGGCGGAGAUGACCGACCUGCAGCAAAGCAUAUUCAACGCACCACCUCCUGGCUCAGCUGCACCGGCUGCUCCACCCGCGCCGUCAGGACUACCCACAAAACCACCCGCAGCGGCCGGCCAGACGACGGCGAACGCAGACGAUGCAGAGAACAGAGGGCAGAAGCGGCCACGGGAGGAGGAGGAGGAGGAAGAAGAAGAGGACAGCGAUGUGGCGAUGGAGGAGGACAGCGACGACGACUGA